CUGUCCAAUUAGUGUUUAAUUUAUUUUUAAGGACGUAAAAGUAGUUUAAUGGAGUAUUUAACUAAUAACCACAAUCAAUGAACGCGAAAAAUAAUAGAUAUAACAGUUGUACAAGUAAUAUCGGUAAUAGAUGGAAAACAUUACAUGAAUCAUAGUACACUGGAGAGAUGCAACAGAUAACCUCAAGUUCUCUUUAAAUCUAUUAUUUUCUACUGACAAAUGUUAGGGAGAAUAUAUCGUCCUCCAAGUUACAGUAAACAAUCUACUCUCCUCGUUUUGCAAACAUAUCGGAACAGUGCUUGAAUGAACUAACAAAAAACCCUCAGUCAAAAUCAUUCUCAUCGAAUCAACGAAAAAUCCGAAGUGGUCCAGACAUCAGAAACUUAACGCAGGAAUGAAUCAGAUAUCCUUAGAAUAUCUUAAUCUCCACCAAUACAUUACGCAUCUAUCAUAGUAUGGAACUGUAAAGGUAUAGACGUUCGAGGGGGCCUAGUUUCUGUUUGUGUUCCUAAUGUAAAUUAGGCUUAGGUGGGCGAGAUGGGGACUAGUACAUCGAAUUCUUGUUAAUCAAAACGGGGAAUUUCAGGUGACGACGCCAUGUAAGUUUUAUCUAGACCGAAAGACAAGCUUAUCAGGUUGCCGGCGAAUGACAUUUUCCCCGCAAAGUUGCACUCAUACACAGACCAUUUUCUGAAUAGCCUAAUAGCAUUAGACAUGUUAUGGGACAGUUUCGUAUAAAAAUGUUUUCUUGAAAGUAAAAUCUGACAGUGGUAAAAGACGUCGACGACUUGUGAUGAGUCACCGUCACGCGAAAUCUGGGCGAAUGGAUUAAAGUCCUCCUCCUUGUGCCAAGAUAUAAAGGCAUUGCCCUAGGCCUAAUUUCCUCCUUUCCAUUCAAAUCGCCAAUCCAGUCGUGCCGGAUUGUUCGCCAAGAGUGCGACAGCGUGUCAACCGACUGAAAAAUUACGUUGGUUCUCUUUGUGUCAAUUGAGUUUUGAAGGAUAAUGAGUUGCCACGCAAAAGAACCAAGACUGGCGCCAAAAAUAUCGACACCCAACUCGCUCGUUUUCCACGCUGCAGUGGCGUCUGCCUUAUACAUCGUGAGCUACUGCUUGCCGAUUCUCCAUGAUUACUUUAUGGCUAGAGAACCAGACUCAUUUUACAAACGGUUCAUGGCGAAAAGGAGGAGAAAGUUGGAGAUUGGGUUCUAUAGGCCUAGAUUCUUGGUGAGCCAGACUACGAAAGGUUUGGCGUCACACUUGACAGCACUCAAGGACUUUUACUGGUCCGGUCGCGUCCUCUGCAACAAACACUAUACGCAGAUACGAUCUCUGGUUAGUCAAGAAAUCAUCACACUGCUGAACUCUGGGUUGAAUUAUGCUCACGUGUUGCCGCUGUGCAAGUUCGUGAUUCAGCUCCUAUUUUGCUACGAUGUUGGCGACUUCUCCACCCAGUUUAUCGAGAUUCGCGAUUCCUCUGAGUGCCAGGAGUUGGCAGAGCUCAUAAAAGCGCUUGCUCCAUUCCACCUGGAAUUCCUUGACGCCAGAUCACUGAUUUUCGGUGAUUUCUCUCCCAUGGAGCCGAUCCUUUCCGGUUCCCCUGAACUGAAGAAAAUUUUCAUUCGCGAUAUCGUCUUUCAGAAAGGCAUGGAGUUGCUGCCACAGUUACGCGGCAGGGCUUUGAGGGAAAUUGGAAUUUACAGGGAAGGGUCCUUUCCUCACAGGUGCGACCUCUACAAAUUCUUCUUCAAGGGGAAACCGAAAGAUGAGGUCAUAAAAGCAGCUUACGGAGACGAGUCUGUGCAGGUCAGUUUUCCUCUCUUGUUUAGGGUGUACGUCAGAUGUUCGUUAGACUUCGAAUGCUUUCAUAGUCUCAAGUACGCCAUGCUGAAAUUCCACCCUGAUCUGCGGUUCGCCUCAUUUCACGAAACAACUUACCUUCCACACUGCGAACUGCCUUGCUGUCGGGAAGAAGCGAGAGACCACUUUGGUCUGACGAUGAUGCUGAAUUUUCCCUCUCUCAUCGGCGCCAAUCCAGCGUUCCAAGUAUUUUCGAAAAAAUUCAUCAACUUCAAAGAAAGCUGCAACAUCAACCACCUGGAGUUGAGCGGCACUGCCAUUUGGUUAUUCGGGAGCAGGAUAGAUAUUUACCUAGCUCGUUGCUUUUCCCACUUCGACGGGUUAAAAUUACUGGUCCUCCGAGAGGCCAUGAACUUGUACGGUAACCACCCAACACCUGGGCACAGUUACUCCAUUCUUUUCCGGGAUGCUGGCAGAGCACUCCUGAUGCUCACGAUCCAAGUGAGCACCACGGCUGAUCUGGCAGAGGCUGUUCAUUGCUUAAACUAUUGCCCUAUUUUAAGGGAGUUUUGCCUUCGUUUGGAUGAGGCUUGGAUCAUUGACGUCAGAGCUCUUCUCAGACAAACACUCAGACCGCUCAGACAACUGACGAAAAUUGAGUUCUGUGGGACUUUGGACAGAGACUCGAUCAGCAUCGCUCCUGUUUGUGAAAAACUUAUUAAAACGGCCCCCAACCUCCAGUACAUAAUGUUUUCAGAGAGUAUGGUGAACGAGAUCCCUCUCUUGAGCAGUGACUGCUUCCUGAACGUGGUAACACUGCACAUAAAGGGCCUGAACAUUGGCAGAAAGUUUGCAGAGGCUCUGAGAGGUGUUCUUAAGCUGUGCCCUUCAGUUGGGGAGCUCAUCUUGGAGGAAACAGGCAAGAAAACCAAGUGGGCGAAGAAGCUCGAUCGAAGCACAGCCCUGACGGUCCGAUGUGUCCCGUCCUGCUCAUUUCUUGAAGAAAUCGACCCCGGUGAUUGACGGAAUGAAAGUGGCUCCUGUUCAUGGAAGAGCAAGAUGUGUUAUAUGUAUAACUAUACCUGGGAUAUAUCAUGUGUUUGAGAUAUCAUAAGCAUGGUCAAAAGCUUCCCUUGGACUUACGUAUCUGUCAAGUGUUUAUGUAUUUAUAUUGCAUAUGGAAAGCUGGCUGACUCCUUUGCAACGGCAGAAUUUUUAGUCGUACGGUACAAGGCAGGGGCCAUAAUACUAUCAAUUGGCGGGCACAUUUUUUCUUCUCUCUUCCGACAAAACUAGACCACAUUUUAGCCUCAUUAGCAGCUAUAAUAAAAAUAAUCAUCAUUAUUAUCACAAUAUCUCAGUUAUGGAAAACUUUAUGAAAAUAACAGUAUAAUUGUAUGUUUUAAAUGAAUAAGAUGCUAUUUUGUACGUAGAUCUAACAGAUGUACAACGUUGUGCAAAUAAUUUAUAACGGGUUAAAUUUAAUGCAGUUGUAAUUUUGACAGAUGAAAUAAAAUGAAAUAUUAAAAAUGAUGGUUACUUUCUCUCGUUUGAGUACAUGGGAUACUU